AUGGGCAAGCUCCCCAGCCUUUAUCUCCCCUCGACUCUCACUCUGGCCACGGAACCGACGGGGGCGGUACGCACGCUAAAAAGACGGAUCCUAUCUGUCCUCGUUGUUUUUUCCAUCUCGGCCACCUUCUUCUUCCUUACCCCUAAGAGGCUCCGACAGCCCUCGUUCUCCACCUCCAAGUUCUUUAGGCUCUCUCACUCUUGGGCUCCCGUCCUCAUCAAGCCCGUCGAAAUCGAGUACAGUCCUCUCCUCUUCGGCCUUGACGCUCCCGUGGAAUGGUACAAAGCCUCUCUCGCCUCGGCCAUCGGCUGGACAAACCCCUUGCGCUGGCCCGUCCUCUUAACCUCCAACCGUCUCCUCAAAGCUACUAAACCUCUCACUCUGCGCGUUUUUCCUCGGGUUAUCAAGCUUCCAAGUCAUGCCCCCAGCCCAUCCGACCUAAUAUUUGGUAUGGCGACAACAGCUCAUCGAGCAAGUGUUCUUUCAGAACUGUGGCCGGCUUGGCUUGGUGUAAAAGACGACGGAGGAGAAUCACCUUUAGCAAUUGUAGUCCUCCCCCAAGAGGACCAUACAGGCGAGGCCAAAAGUGCAGCCAACGUCUUAUCGGCAAAGCUAAGAGACGAACGCGGGCUGGAUAACGUGCUCUUGACGACCAGCUGGCUUGGUCAGGCGGCCCGAUACGAGCUGCGAUACUUUGGAAUGCUCCGGGACAUGGACGAGGCAGCCCGCCAGGCUGACCGACAACCACUCUGGUACAUCGUUGGGGAUGAUGACACAAUAUGGACCGACGAACGGAUGCUCAGACGAGAACUCAGUAACUAUGAUCCCAACCAAUCCUGGCUUCUGGGUUCCUCGUCCGAGGGAGUCUCGCAAAUCCGACAUGCAGCACGCGCGGCUGGACACGGUAAGACAAAGGAAACUGUCGUAACCCAAUUGACUUCCCUUCACCAGUUGGACUUGCCCGGAGACGGUACCGGCUUCUUUCAAUCCGGGUUUCCCUUUCUCUCAUUGCACCACUUGUGGCAUGGAUGGACGGACGCGUUCGCACGAGAACACCAGACGAGCUUCGACCGGUCAGAUAACGCGUUGAACCAUCUCCUGCUAUUACAGCAAGCGGCGCAGAUCCUCGGGGGCGACAACUUCAUGCGUCGGGCGGUGUACGACGAUGGCCGGGAGCUAGUGACGCUGGGAUACACGGUCACCCGGUUUGAUGUCCCGUUGCGUCGCGAGGACAUGCGGACGAUCGAGAAGACCUGGUCGGGCGACUCUGAUUAUCCGCUCCGUUUUCCCACUCGGCCACGCAUCAUUGAGACCGAUGAGACCGGUACCGGUGGUAAACGCACUUACUAUCUCGCCGAAAUUAGAACUCACGAUUCGACUCCUCAUGCGUUCGACUUCAUUCAUCGUGACCGCUGGGGUGAACAUGCUGUCAUCACUUGGAUGGAAGAUUGA